AUGGCCUUCACCGACCUGCUGGACGCCCUGGGUGGCGUGGGCCGCUUCCAGCUCAUCUACACAGCCCUGCUGCUGCUGCCCUGCGGCCUGCUGGCCUGCCACAACUUCCUGCAGAACUUCACAGCCGCCAUGCCUCCCCACCACUGCCGGGGGCCCGCCAACCUCACCAACACCUCGGGGGCCUGGCUGAGGGCCGCCAUGCCCCUGGACCAGCUUGGGGCCCCCGACUCGUGCCGGCGCUUCACAGAGCCUCAGUGGGUCCUCCUGCUCCCCAACGCCUCCUCCGGCCACGGGGCCGCCACGGAGGGCUGCGUGGACGGCUGGGAGUAUGACCACAGCGUCUUCCCGUCCACCAUCGUGACGGAGUGGGACCUGGUGUGUGAGGCCCGCACGCUGCGCGACCUGGCCCAGUCCAUCUACAUGGCCGGGGUGCUGCUGGGGGCUGCUGUGUUUGGCAGCCUGGCAGACAGGCUGGGCCGCAAGGCGCCGCUGGUCUGGUCGUACCUGCAGCUGGCGGUCUCGGGGGCCGCCACGGCGUACGUCAGCUCCUUCAGCGCCUACUGCGUCUUCCGCUUCCUCAUGGGCAUGACCUUCUCCGGCAUCAUCCUCAACUCCCUCUCGCUGGUCGUGGAGUGGAUGCCCGCGCGGGGCCGGACCGUGGCGGGCAUCCUCCUGGGCGUCUCCUUCACGCUGGGGCAGCUCGUCCUGGCCGGAGUGGCCUACCUGAUCCGGCCCUGGCGCUGGCUGCAGUUUGCCGUCUCGGCUCCCUUCCUCAUCUUUUUCUUCUAUUCUUGGUGGCUGCCAGAGUCAUCCCGGUGGCUCCUCCUGCAUGGCAAGUCCCAGCAGGCCGUGCAGAACCUGCGCAAGGUGGCCGCCCUGAACGGGAGAGAGGAGGAGAGCGAGAGGCUGACCAUGGAGGCGGUGAGCGCCUACAUCCAGAGUGAGUUUGCAAGCGUGCGCACCUCCAGUUCGGUCCUGGAUCUAUUCCGAACCCCGGCCAUCCGCAAGGUCACGUGCUGUCUCGUGGGGGUCUGGUUCUCCAACUCCGUGGCUUACUACGGCCUGGCCAUGGACCUGCACAAGUUUGGGCUCAACCUCUACCUGGUACAGGCGCUGUUUGGGAUCAUCGACAUCCCGGCCAUGCUGCUGGCCACCAUCACCAUGAUUUACGUGGGCCGCCGGGCCACUGUGGCCUCCUUCCUCAUCGUGGCCGGGCUCACGGUGAUCGCCAACAUGUUUGUGCCUGAAGCCAUGCAGACCGUGCGCACGGCGCAGGCGGCGCUGGGCAAAGGCUGCCUGGCCAGCUCCUUCAUCUGCGUGUACCUGUUCACGGGCGAGCUGUACCCCACGGAGAUCAGGCAGAUGGGGAUGGGCUUUGCAUCGGUCAGCGCUCGCCUCGGGGGCCUCGCAGCGCCCCUGCUCACCACCCUCGGGGAGGUCAGCGCCUUCCUGCCGCCCGUGAGCUUCGGGGCCGCCUCCAUCCUGGCCGGACUGGCCGUCCUGUGCUUCCUGACCGAGACCCGCAACGCGCCGCUGGUGGAGACGAUCGCCGCGAUGGAGAGAAGAGGCAAAGAAGGCGCUCCCAAGAAAGAGGUGGAGGAGAAGGGUGAGGACGUCACCCUUCAGCCGCUGGGCACGUCUCCCCUCAGAGAAACAAUCUGA